AUGUUCCGGUCAGUGGAGCGGCCAGAGCUGCCGCGCGAGCGGCCCGGCUCGCAGUCCUCGGGCGAGUACGAGAGCUCCGAAGAAGAGAAGCCGUACAACAUGAAGCCCAGCUACUCGGACCCGCUGCUGGACAUACUCAGCCUGCGUCUCUUCUGCCAGACUGACGCAGAGUCGGGCCGUACGUCGAUCCGCCUAUGCGGCAACGAGCUGUCGCAACCGCGGCGCGGCUGCUACUUCGACCGCGAGGCGGCAGCACUGGCGGGCCAGCUGGCCUCGCGCCACGACAUCACCGACGUCGACUUCAGCUACAACCGGAUCAGCGACGGCGGCCGCCACCUGGCCUGGCUGUUGAGCCAGCCGCAGUGCGCGCUGCAGGAGCUCGACCUGGGCCAGACGGGCCAGACGGUGGCCAGUCUGACGGCGCUGCUGACCGCGCUCCGCACCAACAGCUCGCUGCUGCAGCUGCGGCUCAGCGUGCGCAAGUUCGGCCUCACCGACGACCAGAUGCGGCUUGUGUGCGACGGGCUGGCCGGCAACGGCGCGCUGACGCACCUCGACCUGACGGCCAAUCGGCUGCACCGGGACGCGGCGCGCCACCUGGUGUCGGCGCUGGCCGAGAACAGCUCGCUGCGCGUACUGCGGCUCUGCCACAACCACGUGCAGACCGAGGGCGCCAUCUGGCUGGCGCAGGGGCUGGCCGAGCACGGCGCCAGGGAGGAGGUGCACGUGCGCUCCAACGAUAUCGGCUCCGACGGACUGCUGGCGCUGCUCAACGAACUCAAGUACGCGCGCGUGCGCCUGCUCCACUUCUGGGGCAACCCGUGGUGCCUGCGCGUGCCGGCCGAGGUGGACGUGCUGUGGAAGACGGGCGUGGUGGACGAGACGCGCGUGGACGUGCGCCCGUACGUGGUCGACUACGUGCCCCACCUCGCGGAGCUGCGGCAGACGGAGCGGCAGCGCUACUACAACGUCACCAAGUACGCCGACCGCACCAACGACAAGGUCCGCAUCGGCUUCCCCGUGUAA